AUGAGCCAAUGCCAUGCUCGGCUCGAUGGCAUUCUGGCUCGCUCCCACGCUGGCCCAGCAUCCUUCUGCAUCUCGCAGCGCCUCCGAUCCACUUCAACUCCUCAUCGCUCACUCAUCGCGCUCAUUCAUGCCGCCGGAUACAACCACACGAUCGACGUGCUGCAGUACGAAAGCAUCCAGUUCCUCGGCGACUUGCGAGACUUUCUCAAGGAGCGCGCCGACCUCGAGAAGGAGUACUCGCGUAAACUCGAGGUCCUGAGCCGGAAAUUCCUUGCCCGUCGCGAGAGACGCAAGGCCGCUCUGGGGCAGUUUCUGGCUCAGUUCCAGGCGGUCCCUGGCAGCCAGCUCAAGGGAUUGCACAGGAUCAACUACCCGGUGACUGAAUCCUGUCUCGACUGGAUACAAAAUAGGUGCUGGUCAGAUAUUCUCAAAGAAACCGAGAGCGUCGCCCGCAACCACUCGGACUAUUCAGAUUCGUUGAACGUGCGGGUGGUCGAAAGGAUCAAGACGAUCCGGCUCCGCCACGAAGAGUCCAGGAAGAAGAACCUCACCUUCUGCCAGCGCCUUGUGGCUGAGCGCGAUAAAAUCUAUGACGAAACGGCCCAAGCCAAGCACAAGUACGACGUCACUUGUGAUCUCGUCGACACGGCAAAGUCAAAGCACGACCGGGCCAUUGACGAGCGAACGCGGGAGAAGCACAAGCUUACCUACCACCAGGAGAUCCUCGAUAUGUACAACAACAAGAACCUCUACAUCUUAUCGCUCGACGUUGCCAAGGCUGUCCAAGAUAGCUAUUACAACAAAACCGUCCCGGCGAUUGUCAAGAUGGCAAUGGAUAGCGGAUCCUCAGCGAUUCUCGAGCUGCACGGCGCUCUGGACGACUAUGUCGACUUGUCCCUGCAGCGCGAUCAAUAUUCCCAGGCCUCCAUAGACAAAAUCAAGCAGACAAUCGCCAGUUUGGACGGCUCGGGUGAUGCCGACGCUUUCCUGGCGAAAGCGAGGGCUGGGUUCAAGGAUGCACCGACGCCGCACGAGUUUGCGUUCCAGUCGAGCGGCUUGUGGAAAGAAACGGGCGAGAUGUCCACCGACGACUUUUCGCGCAUUUUCUUGACCAACAAGCUCGAGAAGAUUCGCGAUGCUUUGGACCUUGUCUCGAAAGACAUCGAGGCCAAGCACAAGGCGAUCGAGGGUCUUCAGAAGCUCUAUGAUACCUACACCGCCAACCCGCGCCAGGGUGAUCCGUACAAGGCACGAGAGGGCAUUGACGAACUCGAGAAAGAAAUCCUGUUGCUGACUUGGACCGAGAUUCGGUACCAGACACUGUGCGCAAAAGUCACAGGCACCAUUGGAGAAAAAUCGGAUCGAGACAGGUCGCAUUCAUUCAAAUGCGUGUCCUGCACCAUUCCAACGACAUGCGACUAUUGCAGACACACCAUCUGGGGCGUCAAGGCCGCAGUGACUUGCACAGUCUGCAACUACAAUGCGCAUAUCAAGUGCGAGCUCAAGGUCCCUCUCCGCUGCACCGGAGUGAAAAUCAAGGCCCAGCGCUCCGCUUCCAACCCCAGCAUCACCCGUCGCGAGAGCACACCGAAGAUUCCAGAGAAAGCUUUACGCCGAACAGACACACCAACCACGGACGCAUCCAAGGUGCCUCUGCAAGCCAUUGUGCUCUACUCGUACACUCCCUGCAAUCUCUCUGGCGGGGAGAUUGAGGUGCUCGAGGGCGAGUCCUUGACGGUCUUGCAGCCCGACGAUGGCAGCGGAUGGGCCCUUGUCUCGAGCGCCACCAAGACAGGACUGGUCCCAACAUCGUACAUCAAGGUGAUUCCGAGAGGAACGCCGUUGCCGCUGCACAUACCGGCCAACGUAUCUCUGUCGGCACAGACCCUGGGCUGCGACGAGGCCAUGGCAAAGACCGAUGUUCCCGUCGACCCAAAGCCUGCCGAGAAUGUGCCGCUGGAACAACAUCGCAGCGAAAGCCAAGCCACGGUGCUGUACGAGUACAUCAAACAGAGCGAUGACGAGAUCACGGUCCUGGUCGGCCAAAUGGUCAAGGUUCUGGACUCAGAUGACGGCUCUGGUUGGGCCCGUGUGUCCGAUGGAAGUCAAGCUGGGCUGGUCCCAUCGACGUAUUUGCAAAAGCGCGAGGGCAUAUGA